AUGAAGAAGGAGUCCGCUGCAACGUUGCAUAGCCUGGUGGAUGGCUUCGAGCGGCAUACGAAGAUUCUGCAGCAGCUGGGGGAACCAACCGAUUCCUGGAGCGCCAUCUUGGAGCAUCUUCUGUGCAUGCGACUGCACGACGACUCACUGAAGGCUUGGGAGGACCACGCGUCAACAGUGGAAAACCCGGACUACGCCUGUCUCAUCGAUUUCCUGCAGAGGAGAACCCGAGUGCUGGAAUCCAUUUCGGUGAAUCACCAUACCGCCGAUUCUUCAAGUGGUCAUUCUCAUUCGUCGAAGAGAAAUCACUCUCAUUCCCAGUUUCGCCUCACUUCUUGCGCAUCGACUACCAGCUCUGGGGGUAAGUGCAGUGCUUGCGGCGAAGCGCACUUCAUCGCGAGGUGUUCCAAGUUUCAAAGCCUUCCGAUGAGAGAUCGACAUAAGUUGGUGACUUCCAAACGGCUAUGCCACAACUGUUUGAGCAGUGGACACUUCGUUCGCAAUUGUUCCUCCACUCUCAACUGUCGCAAAUGUAAUCGACGGCAUCACACUUUUCUCCAUGAAACUGAUUCACGAAAAGCCAGUAGCCAAAAUGCUUCUUCCGGUUCAACAGCAGUCUCGUCAGGGUCAUCUUCCACUCCAUCAGCUACGGUCGAACCUUCUACGCAAUCUAUAGUCACUGCUGCCGAAAAUGCUCCACCUGUCGAGGUCAGUAUUGCUCUACAACAGCCGCGUGAGAACGUCUUCCUGCUCACCGUUGUCGUGAAGGUCAUCGGUUCCCACGGUUCGGAAUAUCUCGCUCGCGCACUCCUGGACAGUGCAUCGCAACCAAACCUCAUCACAGAUCGGAUGGCGAGGAUUCUACGACUACGUCGACAGUCUGCAAAUGUAACGGUCCAAGGCGCAGGUCAGCUUUCGAAAUCGAUCACUGAAUCCGUCUUCGCUUUGGUGCAAACCAGGAAGGGCAACUUUUCUUGUGGUGUGAAUUUCCUCGUGAUGGAUAAAGUGACCGCCGAUCUUCCGUCGCAAAGCAUUUCCACUGCAGGAUGGAAAAUUCCGGAGGAUCUCUUCAUGGCUGAUCCUUCGUUCAACGAGAGCUAA